CUGACGUCGCCCUGCGCGCGUUUCGAGGCUCAGAGAAACUUGCUUACAGUCGAGUCAACGGGUUCAGGUGCGCAAUGGCCGGUCGCUUCAGUCGUCUGCCUCUCCGUCUCCGCAUGGAUGCAUUUGGAAUGCUUGGUUGAAGAGAGAGAGAGAAAAAAGACACUGCUGUGGAGCCGACAGUCACCUUCGAAGUGCGGAUGCUGGAAGGAUUUGAGCCCCUUUCAUGAAUCCUCCUCUCCCGUUGGUUCGGGGCGCCCGUUUAAGAGUCUGUGCAACGUUUUAGUCCAGAGCGCGCUUGUCUGACUCAACGAUGCUCUCCAGGGGGACAUACUGUGUGUUUCUGUUCGUGCUGAAAAGUAUCCUGGCGGACCCAGGAGCCACGAACCAAGUGGUCCUGUUGGACACCACCACAGUGCUGGGGGAGCUGGACUGGAAGACCUACCCUGUCAACGGGUGGGACGCCAUCACAGAGAUGGAUGAGCAGAACAGACCCAUUCACACCUUCCAGGUUUGCCACGUCAUGGAACCCAACCAGAACAACUGGCUCCGGUCCGGAUGGAUCCAGCGCCAGGCGGCACAGAGGGUGUAUGUGGAACUGCGUUUCACGCUGAGAGACUGCAACUCCAUUCCCUGGGUUUCUGGCACCUGUAAGGAAACCUUCAACCUGUUCUACCUGCAGACAGACGAACCGCUCCCCGCAGGAACCCGCUUUCGUCCCAGCGACUACGCCAAGGUGGACACCAUCGCAGCAGACGAGAGCUUCACGCAGACGGACCUCGGAGACCGCGUUCUUCGGCUGAACACCGAAGUGCGGGAGGUGGGGCCGGUGAAGCAGAAAGGCUUCUACCUGGCCUUCCAGGACGUGGGCGCUUGCAUCGCCCUCGUGUCCGUCAAGGUCUUUUACAAACGCUGCCCGUCGACGCUGAGGAACCUGGCGGCGUUUCCCGACACGGUGCCGCACACGGACUCGUCCUCCCUGGUGGAGGUGAGGGGGGCGUGUGUGGAGAACGCAGAGGAGCGGGACACGCCCAAGCUGUACUGUGGCGCCGACGGGGACUGGCUGGUGCCGCUGGGCCGCUGCGUCUGCAGCAUCGGGCACGAGGAGAAGGACGGCCACUGCAGGUCCUGCAAACCCGGCUCCUUCAAGGCUUUCGCUGGAACCCAAAUGCUCCAGUGUCCGGCGCACAGUUCCAGCUACGACCAGGCCGCCACCAUCUGCCACUGCGAUAAAGGCUUCUACCGGGCCGUCAAGGACCCGUCCACCAUGGCUUGUACAAGGCCUCCGUCGUCCCCUAGGAACCUGGUCUCGCUGAUCAAUGACACGGCUCUCUUCUUGCAGUGGAUGCCUCCUGGCGACACGGGGGGCAGGAUGGACGUCACGUACAACAUCUUGUGUCAGCGCUGCGACGGGAGCGAGGGCGACGCCGGCGCCGGUCCGUGCGAGCCCUGCGAGACGGACCUGCGCUUCGUCCCGCGCCCGCUGGGCCUCACCGCCACCUCGGUGGCCAUACUGGACUUUGCGCGGCACGCCAACUACACCUUCCACGUGGAGGCGCUGAACGGCGUCUCGGGCCAAGCCGUGGCCGCGCGCUCGCUGGCCAACGUUACCGUCAACACGCAUCAGGCGGGUCCGGCUCUUGUGGGGAUAGUCAGGAAGGACUGGGCCUCUCAAAACAGCAUCGCCCUCUCAUGGUCAGACGUGGAACUGCCCCCGUCGGACGUCGUGGACUAUGAAGUCAAAUACUUUGAAAAGGAGCAGGAGCAGCUGAGCUACUCCUCCACGAGGACCAGGUCCUCCAGCGUGGUGGUAACGGGCCUCAGACCCUCCACCGUCUACGUCUUCCACGUGCGUGCCCGCACCGCCGCCGGCUACACCGCGUACAGCCCCAACUUUGAAUUCGCCACAGCCGCCGAGGACCCCGACGUGGCCGAUCAGGGUCAGGUCCUGGUGGUCGUCACGGCGUCUGUAGGCGGCUUCUCCCUGCUGGUCAUCCUCACCCUCUUCCUCCUCAUCACCGGACGGUGCCAGGGCUACAUUAAAGCCAGGAUGAAGUCGGAAGAGAAGAGGAGGACACGCUUCCGCAGUGGACACGUCCCGUUCUCCGGCAUAAAGACCUAUGUGGACCCGGACACGUAUGAAGAUCCCACCCAGGCCGUGGAGGAGUUCGCCAAGGAGAUUGAACCCUCGUACAUAUGCAUCGAAAGAGUGAUUGGUGCAGGUGAGUUUGGAGAGGUGUGCAGCGGCCGCCUGCGCGUUCCUGGAAGGAUGGAUGUGGCCGUGGCCAUAAAGACCCUGAAGGGGGGGUACAUGGAGCAGCAGAGGCGGGAGUUCCUGCGUGAGGCCUCCAUCAUGGGACAGUUCAACAACCCCAACAUCAUCAGGCUGGAGGGAGUGGUCACUAAGAGCAGACCAAUAAUGAUCGUAGUGGAGUACAUGGAGAACGGAGCGCUUGACGCCUUCCUCCGGACGCGGGACGGCCAGUUCACGGUGCUCCAGCUGGUCGGCAUGCUGCGGGGCGUCGCCGUGGGCAUGACUUACCUCUCGGAAAUGGGCUACGUUCACAGGGACCUGGCCGCGCGCAACAUCCUGGUGGACGUGAACUUGGUGUGUAAGGUGUCCGACUUUGGCAUGUCCAGAGUCCUGGAGGACGACACGGAGGCGGCCUACACCGCUACAGGAGGAAAGAUUCCCAUCCGCUGGACGGCACCAGAAGCCAUUGCCUAUGGGAAGUUUUCCUCUGCCAGCGACGUGUGGAGCUACGGCAUCGUCAUGUGGGAAGUGAUGUCAUACGGCGAGAGGCCCUACUGGGAGAUGUCCAACCAAGACGUGGUUCUGUCCAUGGAGGAGGGCUAUCGCCUGCCGGCGCCCAUGGGCUGCCCCGUGACGCUGCACCAGCUGAUGCUGCACUGCUGGCAGAAGGAGCCCAGCCAGCGGCCCUGCUUCAGCGACGUACUGUCCUUCCUCGACAGGCUCAUCAUCAAUCCCAGCAGUCUGCUGACUCUGGUCAAUGAGGGUCAGAGUUUCCCCGACUCCCCGGAGGAGAUGCCAGACUACCCUCUUUUCAUCUCUAUCGGCGACUGGCUUGACUCCAUCAAAAUGAGCCAGUACAAGAACAACUUCCUCGCAGCGGGAUACACAACGCUGGAUUCUAUUUCAACCAUGAGCAUAGACGACAUCAGACGCAUCGGGGUGUGUUUGAUCGGCCACCAGAGGAGAAUCAUAAGCAGCAUACAGUCCCUUCGCCUGCAGCUUCACCACAUCCAGCAAAGCGGCUUCCAGGUGUGAACCAGGCACAAAGACAGACUGUGUGUGAACACCGGGGGCCGGAACACACGCCGCCGUUACUUGGCUUCGUCAUUCAACCCAACUGCACAAACACCAGACUGCUACAGCAGGUGCGACCGGUACCACAUGCUGCUCGUGUGAGAGCGCAGCGCUGCACACUCAUCAUCCUAUGGCUCAUGGUUCAUACAGCCUCCACAACAAUCAACCUCUGUGAGCAUUGGCCAAACGCGGUCUCUUUGUUAUCUCAGCAACUACUAGCAUUCACUUGAAUAUAGGACUUGUUUCCUCUAGUGUCUAUUCAAGUGUUCACCAAUACCUCUACUCUUCCAAGUGACAAUCCAGUUGUUUCUAUUGACUUUGAAUGGUUUCAAGUCUGUUACCUCAUGACCAGAGCAGAUGCGGACAGAGUUUAAGGUAUGGUGAGAUGUGGCACAGUAGGUGAUUUCAAUAACCCCUUUCCAGCUGGUGGUGGUCGGUGAUUCAGUUUACCAGAUGCUUGACAAAAAUGGUAAAUACAAUCGUUUUGUUUUGUUUUUGUUUUUGUUUUUUUCUCGAACUGAAGACCGCUGAAUGUCAAAAGAUUUUAUAGAAACGUCUUUAUGUUCUAUCCUCAUGAUAAUGCAGUAUGUCUUGUAUAAAAUAGUCUUGUGAAAGUUGUAUGUUUUAUUCAGUAUGUUUGUUCCUUAAUAAACAAACCUAUUUUAA